AUGGUGACGAGAGAAAAGAUCCUUAUGAUAACUGCGACAGAUGCAGCUCUACGAACGCAGGAUGUCGCUUUUACAAACGGUAAUCGCAGUUUGAAUCCUCUAAGUUUCCAGCUACCUGUUGCUCCAUCGCAUCCUUCACAUGAAAGUGCCAAUUCAUUGAAACCUCUCAGUUCCUGUGUGGAUCCAUCCGAGCAAAGAGAUUGUUGUCCCCCUGUACUGACUCCUUCUACAGGACCUGUUCAGGAAGCAGAAAAUCAGGAUACCGUUCUUCAUAGUCCUACAACUUCUCAGGUGUCGUCAUCGUGCCUGCCACCUUUUCGUUCUCAAGAGCGAUCCUAUGUUCUCUUAGCGUCUGCGAUGACGUCGCCGACUGUCACUAAGCUGGAAGAUGUUGUUGUUUUCAAAGCUCCACGUCGGCUUGGAAUGAGCUUAAUGAAGUAUGCACGGUGUCCAAAGUGA